UCUCCCCCUCUCUCUCCCUCUCUCUCUCUCUCUCUCUCUCUCUGAGAAUAAAUUGGAGAUCACAGAUUCCGCCUUCCCCACUAAGCCAUAACACAGCCUGAAAAGUUGGAUCCUUUUUUUUUUUCCUGUUAUCCAGAGAGAGAGGAAAAAAAUAGAGUUAUGGCGGAGAACUCGGGGAACAGCCAUGGCGGCGGAGGAGGAAGAGGAUCAGUGAAGGUGAGUAUCAAUGAAGAAGAAGCUGUCGAGUGUCGUGUCGACAACGACAACACCAUCAUCUGUACAUCCGCCAAGAAACAGGAAUCCCUCCUCUCUUUCUCCGUCCCUUUCUUGCAGAAGUUGAUAGCGGAGGUCUUUGGGACGUACUUUUUGAUAUUCGCGGGAUGUGCGGCAGUAGCGGUGAAUGCACAGAAAGACAAGGUCGUGACAGUUCCAGGAAUCUCCAUCGUGUGGGGACUCGCCGUCACGGUCCUCGUCUACUCCGUCGGCCAUAUCUCCGGUGCCCAUUUCAACCCCGCCGUCACCAUCGCCUUCGCCUCCUGCCGCCGUUUCCCCUUCAAACAGGUUCCGGCUUAUGUGAUCGCUCAAUUGCUGGGAUCGACGCUGGCGGCCGUGACGCUGAGGCUGAUGUUCGAUAUCCACGACGACGUAUGCAGCGGAAAACACGAUGUUUUCGUCGGGACUUUGCCGUCGGGAUCGAAUCUUCAGUCGCUGGCGAUAGAGUUCAUCAUCACCUUCUACCUCAUGUUCGUCAUCUCCGGCGUCGCCACCGACAACAGAGCUAUCGGAGAACUUGCCGGACUAGCCGUUGGAGCGACCGUGCUAAUCAAUGUCAUGUUUGCCGGACCGGUUUCCGGAGCUUCGAUGAAUCCGGCAAGAACGUUAGGACCGGCGAUGGUGUUUGGAUGUUACAGAGGAAUAUGGGUAUAUAUGGUCGGUCCGAUCCUUGGAGCGGUAUCUGCUGCAUGGAUUUACAACAUGGUUAGGUAUACCGAUAAGCCGUUACGAGAGAUCACAAAGAGUGCAUCGUUUCUAAAGGGUUCGCGCAGUUCCCGUUAACGGAGGGUUGAAAUUGCAACUAUUAGAAGUCAUGGACACUUUUAUGAAAACUAUUGUUUUUGUGAUGGAAUCUUUAAGGAUAGUCAAAAGGGUGAUACUACAGAGCGAAGUUUGACUUAGACCGCAUAGGUAAGGACAAAGUUUGCCGCCUUGUAAUCAAUCAUAAAUCAGAAGAAAAAUUAUUCACCCUCUUA